AUGGCGAAUAUUCCGAUGGAUAUCAUCACCGAUUUAUUCCUCCGUCUCCCAGCAAGCACGCUAGUCCGAUUCCGCGUCCUCUCGAAGCCUCUCUUCUCUCUAAUCGACAGUCCCGAUUUCAUCUCCUCUCAUCUCAACCACACACUCCAAACCGGAGACCACCUCAUGAUCCUCCUCCGAGGACCUCGCCUCCUCUGCACCGUGAACCUCCACUCACCGGAUAAAGUCUCCGACGUCGAGCAUCCUCUGAAAUCCGGCGGUCUAACGGAGGUUUUCGGCUCCUGCAACGGACUGAUCGGUUUAUCCAAUUCGCCGACCGAUAUCGCGAUUUUCAACCCUUCCACCCGGCAAAUCCACCGGUUACCGGCGGAGAUAGUCGAUUUCCCGGAAGGCUCGACGACGCGCGGGUACGUGUUCUACGGAUUCGGUUACGACUCGGCGAACGACGAUUACAAGAUCGUGAGGAUGGUUCAGUGCAAAGGAGGCAGAGCCGACGAGCUGGUUUUCGGAUUCCCUUACGAGAUCAAAGUGUUCAGCUUGAAGAGGAACUCGUGGAAGAGGAUCAAGCGCGUGCUUCCGGCGAUUCAAUUGCUCUUCUACUUCUAUUACCAUCUCCUGUACCGUCGCGGGUACGGAGUUUUGGCUAGCAAUAGUCUUCACUGGGUUUUACCACGAAGGCCUGGGCUGAUCGGGUUCAACACGAUCAUAAGAUUCGAUCUCGCCUCUGAGGAGUUUGAGAUUCUUGAUUUCCCGGAGGUUCUUGCUCAUGAGAAUAUCGAUAUAGGUGUGUUGGAUGGGUGUCUUUGCUUGAUGUGUAAUCAUGAGUUUGCUUACGUUGACGUUUGGGUUAUGAAUGUUGGAGAGUCUUGGAGUAAGCUGUUUAGGGUGACGAAGCCGAAGAGUGUUGACUCGUUUGAUUUCAUGAGGCCUCUGAUUUGGUCUAAGGAUAGAGGGAAGGUUUUGCUGGAGAUUAACAAUGCGAAGCUGGUGUGGUUUGAUUUGGGGAGUAAGAGGUUUAGAACGGUUAGGAUUAAAGAUUGUGAUAGUUCGUAUAGCGCGGAGCUGCUUGUGAGUAGUCUUGUUUUGGGGUGUAGAGGAGAUCCUGAUGAAGUUAAACGCCGGGAAGAGCGUAGAGCUCGAGAAGAUAAAAUGAUGCAGCAGAGUAGUAAGAGGGAUGAUUUUCUGUCAAAGGGAUUCAAGCUGGUGUUGUGA